AUGAAGAUUGAGGGCAGGACAUUUGUCAUCUCUGGCGGAGCAUCGGGCCUCGGGCAGGCGUGCGUAGAGGAGAUCUGUCGGAAUGGGGGUAAUGCUGCUGUCCUGGAUUUGAAUGAAGAAAACGGCAAUAUAGUAGUCAACAACCUUCCUAGCGGAACGGGGAAGUUCUUCGUCUGCGAUGUCCUCGACACUGAGAGUAUUGCAGCAGCCGUCAAGGGGAUUGUUGAAUGGGCACAGCAGACAGGAAAACCUUUGGGCGGUGUCAUACCUGCUGCUGGCGUCGGUAACCCAGCCACGAUAUUAGAUCGGGAGGGCAACGCCUUCAGUAUGGACAGUUUUGAUUUCGUUGUCAAUAUCAACUUGCGAGGCACGAUCGACCUGGUACGGCAGUGUCUCGUACACAUUGCCAAAACCGAGCCCGUAGGAGCCGAUAAGGAACGGGGUGUAGUCGUCAUGGUGGCUUCGGUUGCUGCAUUCGACGGGCAGAAAGGGCAAGUGUCAUAUGCAGCCAGUAAAGGUGCAGUCGCAGCCUUGACUCUACCAAUGGCGAGAGACCUAGCACGCUACGGCAUCCGUUGCGUAACUAUCGCUCCAGGAGUUUUCGAGUCGCGAAUGACGGCUGUGAUGCCCAAGAAGUUAUUCAAGGGCCUAGAAGCAGUCAUGGAAUUUCCAAGACGAGCAGGACAGCCUGAGGAGUUUGCUCAGUUGGCCCGGCACGUCAUCGAGAAUGCCAUGCUGAAUGGUACAGUGAUCAGGUUAGACGGGGGUUUAAGGAUGCCAAGCAAGAUCUAA